UCAGCUUUUAUUUUUUGUUAUCAAAGCACAAACUUGUAAAAGGUUUUUUUUCAAUUUCAGAUUUCUAAACGGACCCAUAAAAGAAGACAAUACAUGUGAUUAGAUAGAUUUAAUUAGGACGAUCAGAUUAUGACAUCAGGUUAAAUGGAGUAUAAUUGCAACGAUUUCACAGGAUGCCAAAAUAAUAAAAACUUUACCGUAUUUUCUUUGGUCAUUUCAAACGGCACAGUUUCUCCGAUAAAUAUGCCAACAGAAAAAGGAACGUACAUUAAAUCAUGUUUAGUUCUUAUGAUAUCAUGUUCUAUAAUUUUCAGCAACAUUAUAAACAUUCUAGUUAUUCAGAAAACAGUGCAGCUUCCACGUAUAACCCGAAUCUGUAUAUUGAAUCUUAGCAUAAGUGAUCUGUUAGUUGGAUUAAUUUCCUGUUUCCCUUGUAUCAUACCUGCCUUUACUGGUUCCUGGCCGUAUGGAGAUGUCUGGUGCCAGAUUGCUGGUAUAAUCCACGGUACUUCAGUUACAAUAUCUAUAUGGAGUUUGUCCUUAAUAAGUAUAGACCGUUACUUUGCAAUCGUUCGUCCAUUGAAAUCUAGAUGUUUACUAACUCCAUCAAAGGUUGUCUCUACUAUAAUAUUACUAUGGUUCAUAGCAGUUGUUACAUUUUUUGCGCCUUUGCCAACCAAAUCUAACUUUAUUUACUACCAGUAUAGUAAAGAUGAAAUGAUUUGUGGUCUAUAUUGGGAAUAUAAAUGGUUCUGUGUGAUUACAGCAUUAUAUAUUCCUAUAAUUUCAGCAUGUAUAAUCAUAUACACAAAUUUCAAAGUAACGAGAAAAGUAAUCGACUCUAGACGAAUGGUAGCAAUUUGGAGAACAAGUAGAAGUUCAGGACAGAGCGAAAUGAGAGCAGUCAAAUUGUUAACUAUUGCCACCGUUGUUUAUUUCAUAUCAUGGGGACCAUACGUUAUUCAGGUUAUUCUAAUGAGUUUAACAAAUAUCAAUGAUAUUCCGUCCAAUGUCAGAUUCGCUACAAUGUGGUUGGCAAAUUGCAACAGCUUUUCCAACGUAUUCGUUUAUUCUGCCAUGUAUAAGAGUUUCAGAAGAAGAGCAAGAUUCCUUUUGCUAUCAGUAUGUUGUUUAGGAGAUGGGCGUUUUCAUGUUAACUCAAGUACAGAUAAAAACUGCAAUUCUUCCGGAAGAGACCCCGCAGACCUAUUUGACUAGAUUGAUAUUAUCUAAAGCGUAUGACAAUCAAUUUCAACUAUCAUUUAAAGAAGAAUUAGACUAUGAAACGGUAAACGCGUCAAUAAGUUUGAUAACUAAUUGGCAACUUUUUCUUAUUAGGUAAACAGUUAUGUGUACGACGUGCCUUGAGUUCCGAUUUUACAAAACAGUUCUUCUUUCAAUAUAUUUCCGAAUGUAACAGUACACUUGAUAGUAAUCAGUUUAAAUACACAAAAAACAAAACUAUUGUGGUGAUUAGAUUGACAAAGCACAGUCAUUAGUGUACGUUUCACAGCAGACAACUGAAUUAUAUAUAGCGUUUUAUGUAGAAUACAACUAUUGUGUUCAUUACCUUUGAAAAUUAUUUUUGUCGUUUGAAUAUGAUAUAAAAUGAUAUUCCAUCCACGAUCCAAAUAUGAUGAACAAAGGAAUCAAAUUGUGAAUCGAUUUGGAAAAUUGUAACAAGAAAAGAAGACAUAUAAACAUUUGCCAUAUAACGGAAAAGAUAUGUUAAGAAUCAUAUCCAGGCCCUUAAUAUUAUUAUAAAAAUAAUUUACGUUAUAAACUAGUCAAAUUGAAGUUUCAUCCUUUAAACAUAUGGGCUUUGGUUAAAUCAUAAGCAACAGCUCAACCUACAAGACGUUUGUACUCGUGUCACCAAAUUUGAUACGACGAUUGUGUACCAAAAUAUAUUUUCGUAAGUGUAGUUAUGCUUAUAUUGCUUAUUUUUAUUACAUCUUAAUGACAAUAUCUCAAAAUGAGCCAAAUUCGUAAUUUUUAAUGCUAUUCCAUCUAAAACUCAAGUGUAAAGCAAGUAUAUAGUACACAUUUCUAGCAUUGAUUUCUUAUAGAUUAAAAUUUUUGGGAAAUCUUUACGGAUGUUAUUUCAUAGAUUAUACAAACGUAUUCAAUGUGGUAUUUCUAUUGUUGAUGUAUCCUUCAGAUGUCAUUGAAGUAAAUACAAAGGCAUAUCUUCUCCUUUGCAGUACUGUUGACAAUCACUUUUAUCUUCUACCGAAGAAGUAAAAUCUUUGUAUGUGAAGUUUUUGAUGCAUUGUAGAAUUAAGAUUUAACAAAUUUCAAUUCGAAAGAUUUUUGACGAUUUUGCAUUUAUCGAUGACAUCAAAAGUAAUUAAGCGCCAAACAAUGUUAUACAAUUAUGAGACAAUAUAUCAAAUUUUAUACUUGCUAGUUUUGCAUUGAUUUAACUAUUCUGAGACUCGGUAAACAACUGUGACCUUAAUUUGCGACAAGAUUUCAAGAUUUCAGAAUAGAUAUCGUGCUUGUUAUUUUACUAAUUAUGUCCCAUAUUGUUGUAUUUUGGCUGCGUGUAUAUUAUCAUUCCAAGUGAAUCAUACAUAACAGUAGACACGUUCGUGGUCUCGUCCUAUUCGAAUAAGUUUAUCCCUUUUACAUUGAUUUGGUAUCUUCUAACAAGAUUGAUGAGAUUCGAAUAUAGUUAAACCGCUGAACACAUUACCUCUUUCGGGCCCUUAAUCCUCUUCAACUUUGUACUCGUUUGAAUUGGCUUUAUAACUAUUUUGUUCUGGGCAAAACGCGUGUCUUGCGUAGAAAGUUAUACCCUGAAUUACUUACUUGCCAUAGAUACAAGUCAUAGGUAGGAAUGCGUUUACAUUGUUAAAUGGCUUGCUUUUUUUAAUUGAAAUUUUUAUGAAAUACUUUUAAAAACAUCAAUGAAUCAAAAUUGCAAUUUCAAGCGAUUUUUAAGCAUUUGAAUUAAUAUUUUGAAUACGUUUUCGUGACUAUGGCAAAGUGUUUGCAAAUAAGAAUCCAUUAAAGACGUGUGAAGUUAUGGCACCUUAAGAUUUUUUAAAUUUGAAAGAUGUUUUGAAUAUUCAUAUUCACAUGUGUGAAAUGAAUUCAGUGAUAGUACAAACAUGUAUGCAUACAGAUUUUUUCUAUCGCAUUGAGAUAUUUCAGGCAUUAUUUUGGUAAUCCUAAGUAAAGCGCCUCGAAAACAUAAAAUUAUAUAAUAUAAAUAUAAGCAUAAGGAGAUUUUAUUCUUUUCGUUGACUAUGAGCAGACAAUUUCUAAACCAUAACAUAUAUUAUUAAAAGAAAAUACAAUAACUUUAUGAGAUGCUGUCCAACUGACCCGUACCUAAACUGUGACAAUGAUUUUUCUUUUUAUGUAGUACUUAUUAUUGACAUUUUUCCGAUUUUUUUUAUUGUAAAAUCAUUUGUAAUGAGACCUGGCUUUAAACAAAGGCUACAAAGGUUGCUGCUAAUGAAACAUCGAUAUCAUUAUUGUUAUUGUAGAUAUUUAAUUGUUACUUUAUCAAUUUCAUUGUUAUUGUAGAUACAUGUA